AUGGACUUGACCAAAACGCAACCUCAACGCCGAAGCUCCAAGGAAUGGGCAACCGUCUAUGCGCAACCCUUCUUCUAUGGUGCCAUCACUCGUUUGCCCUUCAUCUACUUUGUGAUCCACAUGCGUUUUGCAUUCGGAUUGGAUUGGAACUUGGUUGGUAUUUUCGUUGGCUGUUACCAAGCAGCACGUGUUGUCACCAGCAUUGCAUCCAUCUUUCGGCCAGGAGCUGCCCAUGCCAUCGGGACAGCCGUUGGAUUGGCCGGCAACCUUCUUGUCAUUGGGUCCAGCAAGGACAAUCAAACCAACAUCAUCAUUGGAACCAUUCUGGUUGGAUCUUCUGAGACCCUUGCUGCCAUGCAGACCUAUGUGAAACAACAAUUUGGAGGUUCCUUGAACCAACUUGAGUUCAAGCUGAAGGUGCAAUAUGCUGCUGUUAUGGUUGGAGUGACAUUUGCCUUUGCCUUUGGUGGAUUCAUCUAUGACCACUUUGGUAUUGAUGGAGUUGCAACCUUCGGUGCCAUCAUGUCAGUGUCAGAACUUCUCUCCCUUGCCUGGUAUUGGUUCCCUGAAUGUGGAGGACAAGCGGAGCCGCUGGAUGAAACUGCACACGAUGACAGUGGUCACACUGACUCGCCUCCCCAAGAUGGUGAGGAAGGCACCUUGAGCUCUGGUUCCUCGGACAAAGAGGAUGAUCCCAUCACGCAGGCCCUUGAUAGCUACUCUGAGUCGGGCAUGGGUGCCAACUACCUCACCUAUGCCCUUCUCGUCACAUUUGGUAUGGAGGCCAUCACCAUUGGAUACAAUCUUGCCGUCAGCCCUGUCUACAUUACUGAAGUCUUCGAAAUGAGCACAACUGUCAUUGGUGGUCUCUUGGCAGCUGGUGCUGCCUUUGGAACCAUCACUACCAUGCUGAUUGCUCUCCCCAAGCAAGGGCGUGUCUUGAUGGAGAAGUGGUUGCCGUCUCCUCUGCACUUCCUGGUUGCGAUGACUGGUAUCUCUGUUGCUGUCUUGGUCGCUGCCACUCCUGUCUUCCCUGUUCACGUUGUUGGACUGCUGAUGCUCAUGGGCUUCAAUGAUCUGGCAGCUCUGCUUCUCAAUGAGCUUCAAGGUUCCAUCACAAGUUCCAAGGCCUACUCUACCAUUGGUCCCAUGGGACAGGUUGUUCGCCGUACUGGGAAUGUGCUUACAGCCGUCUCCGGGCCCAUCUUCUUUGGCAUCUUUCCUCAGCUUCCCUACAUUGUGGCAGGUUCCAUCACUGCCAUUUGGACCAUCCUAUUGACCAUCAUUAUCCGACACCGUUCCAAGGACAAUCAAGAUAUGUUGGACCACAGCAAUCUGGAUGCUUCUGUUUCAUCAUUCUAUGCCAGCACGACAUUUUCACGAAGGGAAAUCAUUGCCAGACAGGUCAAGAAAGGGCGCAUUUUGCCAGAUGAAGGAGAGGCCAAUGACGACGAAGUGCUCAUUUUUGAACCUGACUUUGUGUCCCAGGUUGUUACAGAAUGCGAGUGCUGA